GAAUUGACAUCUGUUUUGCUGUAUUAUGGAUGAUUUCAGGCUUUGCCAUUAUUUCUCCAGUAUAUCACGGUAUAAAUUCGUGCGGUAGUGCAAGUCAAUCAGCGCAAGUACUAGGCUGUCAAGCAUAUUUUGCAA